AUGGCGCCACACUUCAUAAGUCUUGAUUUUGGGCUAGAAGUCGAGUUUGAUGAAGAUUAUGGCGCCACCCUUCAUAGGUCACUCCACGAUAUUUAUGAUGUCAAGACUUUGGCUCUUUGCACUUACGUGCUUCAGGUAAUUCCAAUGGGAGAUUCACCAGCUCAAUUGGGGAUCAAACUUAGGCGUGUCAAUCACUUAAUCCUAAAAGCAUCGCUCAUUCAAGAAGAAUUUUUCGGAGUCACAUUCUUUCUUAAUAGUUGUCCGAAUUUGGAAUUGCUCACAAUUGAUCUCAAUACUUCUAAACGAGUUUUGUCAGAAUACGAGCCCCCCUUCCCUUUUGAUGAACAUCCAUUUCUCAAGGGUGUUACAACUUUUAAUCCAUAUCCUGCAGUGGUGCCUUAUUGUGUAAAGAAGAAUCUAAAAAAAGUUGUGGUAGAAGGGUUUAAAGGGACAGAAAGUGAACUUCCGGUACUGAGAUAUCUUCUUUAAGAUGGUAGGGUUUUAGCUUCCUGGGAGGUAAAUAUAUCAAAUGAGCGAGCACCAGAUGGCACCAACAUGAAAGACAUCUACAUUGAAAAUGCUGACAGUUUGUUGGAAAUUGAUAUUUUCAUGUUUUGUUGUGUCAUCAGGUUUUGUUUUCAUCUCGACUAAAGCUUGCUUUCUAUAUCUUUUUGCCCCCAUUCAUUGAGGUUUUUGACAUUUUGUAUGUGUGAGAUUAGUAUAGAGCGAAAGUAAGCACAUAUUAGGUAGCUAAGCACAUAUUAGGCACGCAGAGAUGUUAAUUAUAUGAGAUCCUUUCGUGAUACAUAUGUACGAG